CUGCACAUGUCUGUUUUCAACAACUCCGAGGUCAAGUAUUUUCUUCUAAUUGGGAUACCAGGACUGGAAUAUGCCCACGCAUGGAUCUCCAUCCCCAUCUUCCUCAUGUACCUUAUUGCCAUCAUGGUUUUUCAUUUUGUCAUCAAGACAGAGCCCUCCUUUCAUGAGCCCAUGUAUUAUUUUCUUACCAUGUUGGCUGUCUCUGAUAUGGGCUUGUCCUUCUCUUCCCUUCCUACAAUGCUUAAAAUCUUCUUUUUCAAUGCCAUGGGAAUCUCACUCAAUGCCUGUUUUGCCCAAGAGUUCUUUAUCCAUGUAUUCACUGCCAUGGAGUCCUCUGUGCUUCUGAUUAUGUCUUUGGAUCGCUUUCUUGCCAUUCACAACCCUUUAAGAUACAGUUCUAUCCUCACUGGCAGCAGAGUUGCUAAAAUAGGGCUAAUUUUAGCCUUCAGGAGCACAGUUUUGGUGCUUCCAUUCCCUUUCACACUAAGGAAACUGAAAUACUGUCAAAAGAAUCUCCUCUCUCACUCAUACUGCCUUCAUCAGGAUGUUAUGAAACUGGCCUGCUCUGAUAACAAGAUCAACUUCAUCUAUGGCUUCUUUGUGGCUCUUUGUACCAUGCUGGACUUUGCCUUGAUUCUUAUAUCUUAUGUGCUGAUCUUGAAGACAGUUCUCAGUAUUGCAUCUCUAGCAGAAAGGCUUAAGGCCCUAAAUACCUGUGUCUCCCACAUCUGUGCUGUGUUCAUCUUCUAUGUGCCCAUCAUCACCCUGGCUGCCAUACAUCGCUUUGCCAAGCACAAAAGCCCAGUUCUUGUAGCCCUUAUUGCAGAUAUGUUCUUGUUGGUACCACCCCUGAUGAACCCCAUUGUGUACUGUAUAAAGACUCGACAAAUCCGGGAGAAGGUCUUGGGAAAGUUGUUUAACGUAUGUGUGAGAUAA